GCACAGAGACAGAAGUGAGGUCGUGAGGGAGCGCGUUACCCGGCAUGCAGCGAGCGGCGCGUUCGCACCAAGAUGGCGGCGCCUCUGGAUGAGUACGAGAAGGAAGCGGGCUGUGUCCCUAUCCUGCACCCGGAGGAAAUCAAGCCCCAAGCCCAUUAUAAUCAUGGAUACAGUGAGUCUCUUGGACGCAAAAGCCACAUUGAUGAUUAUAGCACAUGGGAUAUCGUCAAAGCAACACAGUAUGGCAUUUAUGAACGCUGUCGAGAGUUGGUGGAAGCAGGUUAUGACGUACGGCAACCAGAUAAAGAAAACGUAACUCUUCUCCAUUGGGCUGCAAUCAACAACAGAUUAGAUUUAGUAAAGUACUACAUAUCAAAAGGUGCUAUUGUUGACCAGCUAGGAGGGGACCUAAACUCCACACCCCUUCACUGGGCAACAAGACAGGGUCAUUUAUCGAUGGUUGUACAGCUGAUGAAAUAUGGUGCAGACCCAUCAUUAAUUGAUGGAGAAGGAUGCAGUUGCAUUCACUUGGCAGCCCAGUUUGGACAUACUUCUAUAGUCACGUAUCUAAUAGCCAAGGGACAGGAUGUAGAUAUGAUGGAUCAAAAUGGAAUGACUCCUUUAAUGUGGGCAGCUUACAGAACACACAGUGUGGACCCAACUCGGUUGCUGCUUACUUUUAAUGUUUCAGUGAAUCUGGGAGACAAAUAUCAUAAGAACACAGCUCUGCACUGGGCAGUACUAGCAGGAAAUACUACAGUGAUUAGUCUUCUUCUAGAAGCUGGAGCUAAUGUUGAUGCCCAAAAUAUCAAGGGUGAAUCACCACUUGACUUAGCAAAACAAAGAAAAAAUGUUUGGAUGAUAAACCACCUACAGGAGGCGAGACAAGCAAAGGGCUAUGACAAUCCAUCAUUUCUCAGAAAGCUGAGGGCUGAUAAGGAAUUUCGUCAGAAAGUGAUGCUGGGAACACCUUUUCUUGUUAUUUGGCUGGUUGGGUUUAUAGCAGACCUUGAUAUUGAUUCUUGGCUCAUUAAAGGACUAAUGUAUGGAGGUGUAUGGGCUAUGGUUCAGUUUCUUUCCAAAUCAUUCUUUGAUCACUCCAUGCAUAGUGCACUGCCUCUGGGAAUCUACCUAGCAACAAAAUUCUGGAUGUAUGUGACGUGGUUUUUCUGGUUUUGGAAUGAUCUGAACUUUCUGUUUAUCCACCUUCCAUUUCUUGCCAAUAGUGUUGCACUUUUCUACAAUUUUGGAAAAUCCUGGAAAUCAGACCCAGGAAUAAUUAAAGCUACAGAAGAACAAAAGAAAAAGACAAUAGUGGAACUUGCAGAGACGGGAAGUUUGGACCUGAGUAUAUUCUGCAGUACCUGUUUGAUACGGAAACCAGUGAGGUCCAAACAUUGUGGUGUGUGCAAUCGAUGUAUAGCCAAGUUUGACCACCACUGCCCAUGGGUUGGUAACUGUGUAGGAGCAGGCAACCAUCGUUAUUUCAUGGGAUAUCUGUUCUUUUUGCUCUUCAUGAUUUGCUGGAUGAUUUAUGGGUGUAUCUCUUACUGGGGAAUCCACUGUCACACUAGUUAUACAGCAGAUGGCUUUUGGACAUAUAUUACACAAAUUGCCACCUGUUCACCCUGGAUGUUCUGGAUGUUUCUGAACAGUGUGUUUCACUUCAUGUGGGUGGCUGUGCUCCUAAUGUGUCAGAUGUAUCAGAUCUCUUGUUUAGGUAUUACUACAAAUGAAAGGAUGAAUGCAAGACGAUAUAAGCACUUUAAGGUUACAACAACGUCUAUUGAAAGCCCAUUUAACCAUGGAUGUAUAAGGAAUAUUAUAGACUUCUUUGAAUUCAGAUGCUGUGGUCUUAUUCGUCCUGUUAUUGUGGACUGGACAAGGCAGUAUACAAUAGAGUAUGACCAAACAUCUGGAAGUGGCUACCAGCUGGUGUAACAUCCACCUCCAACCUGUGAGCAUAUCAUAUUUGAGUGGUGCCUGAAAAUUUGUUUCUCUCGAAUCCACAUCCCUUGAACAAGUAGCAUGCUAUGAAUAGAGCUAACAGUGAAUCUAAUGGUACCUUCUCCACAUCAGUUCUAUUAACAGAGAUAAACAAAGGACAGAAUAAACUGCCAAUCCUGAUAAUGAGAAGGAAGAUGAAAAAGGGAUUUUAACUGUUCUUACCAUGAGAAUUAUUCACAUCAUCAUAUUCAUGGCAUUUUCUUUCCUUUUAACCGCUUUCACAAUGGAGCAUGAGAUUGUUAAAAUACAAGCAUACUAAGGUCAUGCUAUGCUGAACAUUAAAUAUUUAUUUUGUAGUUUGAACAAUUCCAUUGGAAUUUACAGUCAAAUUUCACAAAGCAGUCAGAACUUUCAGAUCACUGUAUUAUAUUAUAUUUCCUGUAAUGAAAUUUUUUGUAUAGAUUUGCAAUAGUAUUAUGUACAUUGAAAAAUGUGCAUUCAAUACUCUGAAUGAAACAAUGUUAUUGGGGAUCCACCGUAAAGUCUGAAGAUGCUGAAGCAGGACACAGCAAGCAGGAUCACAGAACUGUUAUCUAAAUGUUGGCUAUUUGGACUGUCUUGUGUCUGAUACAAUGCUCAUGAUAAACCCUGUGUGAAGUUGUCUGUUCUGGGAGAAAAAGUUGCACAAAGGAAGUACAGCACUUCUGUCCAAUAUCAAGUUCCACUUAUGUGCAUGAUAAUACUUUUAACAAUUAGACCACAAAAUGAAAUAUAGCAUAUAAUAACCUGCUGAAAGUAAAGGGAAAACAAUUAUAAUAUACACAAUCAGUGGAAUGUCAGUUCUGAAAUACUGGGAACAGUCGUGCACAAUAUAUUUUACAGUCGUCGGGAGAGCUGGAAAACAUGACAAAGUUGCAUGGGUGGAACCAAAGAAUGCAUUUCUCAAUAAUAGGAAGAAAGGAUAGAAUUGUAAUGAAUUUGUUUGCAGUUGCUGAAGAAGUAAACACUGAUUAAAACUUUAGCUAUUUUUACAUAAUAAGAUGAUGGAAUUCAAGCUAAAGCAGGUUGUGAUUUCUUUGUAUGGAACAUGGAACAUAUUUGAAGAAUAUGGUAAGUCAACAGGUAGGGAAAACAUCCUUAAUUGUUUCAAGUUAUCAAACCCAGAUAAAUUUGGAAGGUAAGGAGUGGUAUGAAGUUGCAUUCCAGAUGGCAGAUCUGCUUUUUUGUUGUUGAAUGUGAUGCACUGAUUUUCUGUUAUGGCAUUUUUAUAUAUUCCUUGUUAAUUUCUCACUGCUUCCUUAACUAUUGUUUACAGAAAGACUUGAAAAUCUGUUUAGUUUAAGUGCUGUAGCAACAUAAUGGUUCGAGAAUCCUGUGAGGGGAGGAUUUGGGGAGGGGGACCUUAAUACAAAUGAUAGAGACCAGUGUAAAGAAUGUGUAUCUGUAUAUAAAUAAUUUAUCAAAUAGUUUUCUCUUUGUGGGUGUGUGUGUGGGUGUGUGUGUGUGUGUGAGUGUGUGUGUGUUAGUAUAUUUAAAAGCUGCUCAUUUCAUUUGAUUCAACCAAAAAUGUAGGAAGAUAACUAAUGGGCUUUUUAGUGAUGAUCAAUCUUGCUGUUAAUAGGCACUGUACCUUGCAACUUCACUGCAUGUUUGAUGCUUGGCAAAGCUAGCAUUUCCUGUAAUACUCAGAUUACAGGUAUUAAAGCAAUCUAGAGGUAUUCCCACCCCUUGCCUUAGUAAGAGGAGCAGUGAAACUGUAAAUAGUUGAUGUUCAGUAUUUGCAAGUAGACAUUUUCCCUCUCUAGCUGUUUCUUUGAUUGCCCGGUGUGCAUAGUUUGCAAGUACCAGAUAUCAAGAGUUACAGAAGUGCAGCAUUAGUGUACUCGAAUGUUUAAUACUGGAAAAAUCAACCUUCUCUUUGACACACUAUUUCUGAGGUAAAGAACAUGAAGCUUGGGUGCAGGGGUGGCAAAAGCCAAUGCUAUUUUGUCAGAUACAAUUUUUAAACAUAAGAAUAUAUUAUUCUUACAUCAUUAUUUGUAAUUUUAGUUUCAAAGCCGAAAAAGGCUGGGCAGGACCUUUUAUUUCUCUGGCGUUAAGUGUAGUAGCCCCUUUAUUUAGGGAAAGUGGUGUUUUGCAGAAUCACUUAUUGGUGUUAAAAGGUGUCAAUUUGUAUACUAAAUACACUUCAUAGCCCUAGAAAAAACUGUAUAAAAUAUGUUUGGAUUUGUUUAACCCACUUACAGUCACAAAUACUAUAUGGAUUCCUUGUAAAAAAAAAAAAUAAGAAAAUUGUGUCCUUAACAGAGAGUAAAUCUUCAAUUGAACCAAAAACAUGUGAUAUAAAUGUUGCUUGCGUGUACACUAUAAAAUUGGCAAAGAGAAAGUAAUAAUGGAGUUAGACUCACCCAAGAGAGUGUUCUACUUUUGAGGCAUCUAAAAAAGUUCUGGUGCAGUUCUCAUUUGUUUUUAGAAAUAUUGAGGUGUAUAUCCCAAAACCAUCCGAAUGGGAGGAAAUAAUCUAUGCAGCAUUCCCCCCUGCUAGUAUAUCAAUUAAAUAUACUGCAGCACAACAUGCCACUUUAGGAGCUAUAUGAAACCAAUCAAAACAGAGAAGAAUUUAAGUGUGUUAAUCUACACAUCAAGCAAAUUAAAAUGUUGUGUCUGCCCAGGACAAAGCUGACUUUUGCAGGUUUUAAGUUUUCCAGUGUCGCCCUGAGUUUUUAACAGUUAAUAUGCAUAAAAUUACACCGUUUUAAACUGAAUAUUUUGAUUUUUUUUAACGUUACCUUAUUUAUAACUGUGCCAAGUAUUAUUUUACUACUGUCAAGAUAUUGAUGUAUUACAUUGUGAACAAAAUCUGUCAAAUGUUUAAUAAAAUAGCUCUCCUUACCUAAAUUAAACUUGUCGAUUUUUGUAAGUUAUUAAUCAAAUAAAUACUUGUCUCCUUGA